AUGCUAACAUGUUUCGGUGUCAGGAAGCCUCACCGUUAUAAGCCUGGUACCAUCGCUCUCCGUGAGAUUCGUCGAUACAACGUCAAGAAGCCUCACCGUUAUAAGCCUGGCACCGUCGCUCUCCGUGAGAUUCGUCGUUACAACGUCAAGAAGCCUCACCGUUAUAAGCCUGGUACCGUCGCUCUCCAGACUCUCCCUCUGCGAUUGGCCGAUGACACGGCCCCAUCCCCCGCUCCCGGCCCCACUUCGGAGCCGGUUGCCGUUCCCGAAGAAGAGCCGGCCAAAGAGCCUCAACCUGAGGCAGCAACCUCCACCCCGGCCGAGGUGGUCCGUGCGCCGGCGUCGGCGCCACCUUUUUCCGCCCAUCACUGCCACAAAUGUGCGUGGCGUGGUAUCACCAUCGACAUUGCUCUGUGGAAGUUCGAGACACCCAAGUACUAUGUCACCGUCAUUGACGCUCCCGGCCACCGCGAUUUCAUCAAGAACAUGAUCACUGGUACUUCCCAGGCUGACUGCGCCAUUCUCAUCAUUGCCGCUGGUACUGGUGAGUUCGAGGCUGGUAUCUCCAAGGAUGGCCAGACUCGUGAGCACGCUCUGCUCGCCUACACUCUGGGUGUCAAGCAGCUCAUCGUUGCCAUCAACAAGAUGGACACUGCCAACUGGGACGAGGCUCGUUACUAUAUAUAUUAA